CUCCUGCCAGUGGGGAGCUAAAUUAGAGGUGAUGCUUAAAGGGGGAGGGGCCACUCUUUCUUUCCUUUCGGGAUAUGGUGAUAGAUAAGUAUAAAGACCCCCUGCAAGAAUGCGAGCACGUUGGAAAAAACAAGUCAUUGUGUUGCCUUCCCUCGCUCGAGUCAGAGACGCUCCAAAAUGCAGCCGCUAAUCCUGCCUGUUCUCCUGGCAUCAUUUUGGACAGUCUGCACAGGAUCGGCAGACUGGUGCUAUCAGUCCCAGUUUACCUGUGAGCAUCAGUGCAAUGCACCAGCCAUGUGGGACCAUGCCAGCAGCAACUGUGCAGGAAGUGUGCAGUCGCCCAUCAACAUCGUCACCAGAAAGACUUUGAAAGAUGAGCGUCUGACUCAUUUUGAGUUCAAAAACUACAAACAGAUCAUCACAAGCAGAGUGAAGAACAAUGGCCACUCAGUUCAGGUUGAGAUUCCUCACCUCAGCAGCAUCUCAGGUGGAGGCCUGCCUAACACAUACAAGGCUGUGCAAUUCCACCUGCACUGGGGCAACGAUGGCGGGCCUGGCUCUGAACACACCAUCGAUGGAGAACAGUAUCCCAUGGAGCUGCACAUUGUCCACAUGAAGCACCAUUACACUGAUCUCAAAACAGCACUGUCAGACCCAGAGGGAGUUGCAGUUCUUGGGUUUUUCUAUGAGAUGUCCAAUAGUGAAAAUCAAAAGUAUGAUCCCCUCAUUAGCUCUCUGCAAAAGAUUACGGCUACAAAUACCAACACAUCUCUGCUUUCCACCUCCCUGGCACAACUGAUCCCAUCUGAGACAAAUCUGACCUCCUACUACCGUUAUAAGGGGUCUCUGACCACCCCACCAUGUACUGAAGCUGUGAUUUGGACUGUGUUUGAGAAUCCCAUUCCUCUGAGCAUGAAUCAGCUGAAGGCAUUUUCUGAGCUCAGAUUUGCUGAUAAAAAGCAAAUGGUGGAUAACUUCAGGCCGAUCCAGCGCCUUAAUGGGCGGCAGGUGUUCUGGUCAGGAAGUGCAAUGACCCUAGCCAGCUCCGUCCUCCUUGUGAGUGCCAUCACCAUGGCACUGGGAAUGGCCCAACCCAACUAGACCGAGGCGUGAUGUCCACGAGCACAACAAGGUCACUCUUCAGCUGAACCUUGGUUCAUAACAUCUUCAUUGCAUAGCUGCCAAGAUAAUCAACCAUUUCACAGGAAUGACACAUCUGGUGUUCUUCCCUCACGACACAGAUGACAAAGACAUUCGAAGGAUGCCUUAUGAACGCUGCCGUAAGGGUUCGGUCAGCAUACAUGCAUGCAUAGUGAAAUAUUUGGUCUUUUUUCAGCAUUAUGAAUGUUCCAUAGAGCUGGUUACCAAGCACUCAGAGUGACAGCUGAAUUCAACACCAGGCCCCUUAGCCAUCAUCCUGUAAACACCAACACACGCAUAUCUUCAGACCUCAUCCACUUUAUCCUAUGUCAGAUAAAUUUAGCUUCUGCUAAUGUCAGUGUGAGUUGCCCAUGGUCUCUGCUCUGCAUGCCGAUGUCACCCUCGUGACCUACCACAUAAUGUGUGGGUUUUCAAUGGGGCAUGUAAAUGGCAUAGAGCUAUUAAUAGCAGAACUGAGCCACAAAAGCAAGUGCCAUUUCAAAGUAGUCUGCGGGCAGUGUGGCGUUUUUUUUUUUUUCAAAGUUCAGGAGCACAUAGUGCGGAGGUCAGGUUUUCAUCUCACAGCCAGCAUGUGUGCUAUUAGCAGAGCUGCAGCGUCUGUCCUCGCAGAUGCAGAGGCUACUGAAACCUGAGACAAAGAAACAUUCAAAUGCUAAUAGUGGGUCACAAAAUGAGUGACAGCACAAGGAGAAGAGAGCAACACUUGUGAGGCUCAAUCAGCACCUGACAUGUCACAAUUCCUUUCAAACUUAUUAUUUUCAUUCAUCUCAAACAUUUGCAUGAAUCCACGUCUUAAUGUUUUUGAUGAGCUACAUGUACAUGGCUGCUGGAGUGAAGCUUCACACACAGAACAGUGCUUGCCAAAUUCAUACCCACAGCUCAGUCACUCCAUCUCUGAUUGUCCAUUUGAGUGUCUCCAAUGCACUCACUGUUAUCGACUGUGAAUUACACGCCACUGAGUUCCCACUCAUUUGUUCUGCAAGACUUAGGUUCUCUAAUGAGAGAUGUGUGCAGUUUUCCAUCAAGAUUUAUUGUGAUGAAUAAUUUAAGGAUCUGUAAAAGUUCCAUAAGUCAUCAAGUUAUAUUUCUAUGCUGCCAUUGUAUACAUGUAUUUACUGAAUGUGUAUAUUCAUGUGAGCUGCACAGUUGCUGUUAUUUAUGCAUUGUAGUUUAUAUAGUACUGAAUGCAUAUAUGCAACAUCAAGUUGUUCAUGACCAAUAGUUUAAUUUUGAUGUCCAAAUAUAUGAGACUGUCAACUUUUUAAUUCUUGAAAGUAUCAUAAAUAAUACUCUGCUUGUGAUCCAAACAAACAAUAAACUACUUUCAUGGCUUUUUAA